AUGAAGGUGCUCACCAUAGCAUUGCUUCUCACCAUACUACAGUGUUCAUGUGCUGUGAAUCCCAUCAACUGCAAUGACACUGAGCCUGUGGCAGAGAAAGUGCUAGACUUGAUCAAUAAAGAUCGCUGGAAAGGCUAUCUUUUCCAAUUGCUGCGGGUUGCUGAUGCCUACUUGGACAGAGAGGGAUCUGCAACUGUCUAUUACUUGGUCUUAGAUGUGAAAGAAUCUGACUGUUGGGUCCUAUUCAGGAAACACUGGGAUGACUGUGUCCCAGCUUCAAGAAGUCCAUCUGAUAUUGUGAUUGGACGAUGUAAGGUAAAAGCUACAAAACACUCAAAUGAAUCUCAGGAACUACAAGUGAAUGACUAUAACUGCACUAUAAGUUCAGUUGCUUCAGCACUGAGCAAUAACAAAGACAGUCCCGUACUCAUCGAUUUCUUUGAAGAUACUGAAGUCUACAGAAAACAAGCUGAGAAAGCCCUUGAUGAGUACCAAAAGCAGAACCAUGACUUUUCCUCUUUCAGAGUGGACCAAGUAGAAAGAGUUGCAAGAGUGAGAGGAGGGGAAAGAACCAAUUAUUAUGUGGACUUCUCUGUGAGGACCUGCUCCACACACCAUUUCCCCAGACAACCUAAUGUCUUUGGUUUCUGCAGAACAGUUUUUUCCUAUAAUGUAGAAGCCUCUGACUUGGAAACCCCAGAACACCUUGAUGUGAACUGUGAAGUCUUCAGCUUUGAGGAGCAUGCAAAUGUCAGUGAUGUGGGACCCCAUCCAGGCCACCCUCACCACUUUGGUGGGCAUAACCAUCCUCAUGCUGGCAAACAUUCAUUUAAGUCCAGUGGAUCCAGAGAACAUCAUCAUCCCCCUAGGCCACAUAAACAUGGAUACCUGACUCCCUCAGAAGAACACCAUAACUCAAAUGGAUCAGCACUUCAAGAAGGAACUCCUCCACCAUGGCCACCUAGAGGGUCAAAAUGUCAUCACUUUCCUUUUGACACCAAUGACACCCAUAUACCCCCUCAUAAUCAGAGUUCCAGUAAACUCCAUGAACAAAAUCCUCAUGGACACCACCCCCACGGACACGGUCCCCACAGACAUGGUCCCCAUGAACAUGGUCCCCACGGACAUGGUCCCCACAGGCACGGUCCCCAUGGACGCCAUCCCCAUGGACACCAUCCUCAUGGCUCUGAUGAUUUCCAUGACCAUGAGCCCUGUGAUCCACCACCCCAUAGGCAAGGUUUCCAUGGGCACCGUUGCCACGGCCAUGGCCCACUAGACGGUCACUCAGGAGAAAGAAGUGAGGGUAAAGGAAACCUUCCUUUUCAUCGGCCACAAAUUGGAUAUGUCUACCGACUCCCUCCACUGAACAUCAAUGAAGUUCUUCCUUCUCCUGAAGCCAAUUUCCCCAAUUUCUCACCCUCAAACUGCACAUGUCACUCACAGCCCAAGAUCCAACCUUUCCCUCAGUUAGCCUCUGAAUCGUGUCCAGGGAACUUCAAGAGCGAGUUUUCACACAUUGCUAAGUUUUUUUGAAUACGCAUCCUCAAAAUAAAAUCUCAUUCCCUGAUGAGAAAAAAAAUGAAAAAUGUUCUGAAUUAGAACCAUAGAUAAAAAUGAGCCAUAAUUAUGUGAAAAGCAAUGUACUCAUUAUCUGACGUAUGUACCUGUGACCCAUCUGUAUAUCACCUGUAUAAUAACAAUAUUUUAAAUCAAGAAAAAAAGUGAGCUGUAAUAAAUGAAAACUGCAGUUA